CGGGAAUCUGUCGGCAAUCUGCCUGGAGUGGCGAUAUUAUGAGUCGAUCACUUUGUUCGUGCUGUGGUUUUUGAUCGUAUCUCGCAAAAGGACCUCCGUUUGGAUUCCUCUCUCCUGACUGACCUUGACGUGGGGAGCUGUCCAACACAGCAGACGCUAGGUGCAACAAUACAAUAUGACGGGAGCAGAUCAUGCCAAUCCUGACUCAGUCUUGUGUCUGUUUACUUGCCUACGAUACACUAUAAUCCUAUAGACUCACUCUUUGCCGGCCGAGCGGAAUACAGCGGACUCCCCACAACUCCAGGCCCAAGCUCAGGAUCGACAGGAUUAUUGACUGCGGUGGCGGAGAUAUUCGGUCGUGCCAGACCCAUAUAAGCUCCCGCUAGCCAGCCACAGUGCGGCAUCCAAGUACCUGGCUCCAUAUUCUCGAAUUUCUAAUCCUAUGGGGUUCCAACUCGAGACUGUGCCUGCAGAUCAUAAUUUGGAGAUAUCUUUUCAGUCUAUAUCGCGGUCAUCAUAUGGCGCAAAUCCGGUGAUCUCCGGUUCGAUCAUGAUGACGGCAAUUACUAGGGCUGCUUUGGAUCGCCUCAAGCACUUGACAAUAUCUUUCAUGCGGCAUACACGGAAACUCUCAGGGUUCAGGGACCCAAAACGUGGACUCCAUGCACACUAUAGGACCCAUAUCUCGUAUGGACUCCUCCGAGCCCACUAGGGUCCUUCCUCUGGAUCAUUUGGGGGCUCUCCAUUCUGGCGGGUUAGGUUCGACCAGCACUAGCAGUCCCACCCUUCGAUACUGAGCUGAAAAGCCCCAUCACCAGGAUCCAUCUCGAGGCUGGCCAUACGGACCUGACCCGCUAUGUCGAUGGAGCAAUUGGUCAGAGGCAAAAAACUGGACAAGUCGGUCAUCAAAAGGGUAAAGGAGAGAGGGUUCAGGUUCAGUAUAAAGAUCGCUACAUCUCGUGUCCACCUUCGAUUUCUUCUCUUCUAUCUCCAGUCACUCUCUUGGAUUCAUUCCCACCACAGUCAUUCUUUUUGAUAAUCCACACUCUUUUAAUACCGACAUCAUGAAGGUUUCCAUUGCUACUCUCCUCACCCUGGCCGCUGCUGCCUCCGCCGCUCCCGCUGGCCUCACCUCUCUCGCCGGUCUGACUGGCCUUACCUCCUCCAUCACCAACCUGGGUGGUCUCGAUGGACUCACCAAGACCCUCAGCCUUGGUGAUGUUACCAAGCAGCUGGAGAUCAGCAACCUCCCCGUCGUCUCCAAGCUUGGUGACCUGACCUCCCUCCUCCACCUGGGCAACGUUGCUACCUCCCAGAACGCCAACUCCCCCAUUGCCCAGAAUGGCCACAUCCUCCAGGACCUGGCUCCUGAGCUCAACAACGUCCUGACCAUCACCGGUCCCAACGUUCAGACUCUCCUCAUCGAGCUGAGCCCCGAGGUCACUGCCCUCGUCUCUGGCCUUGGCCUCCCCGGCCUGGGCGUCCCCCUCGGCUCCAUCGUUGCCUCCGCUAGCUCCCUCGGUGAGCUCGUCACCGGUCUCGGCCCUACCGUCGACGGCCUCGUCACCGUCGUUGGUGCUGAUGUCGGUGCCCUCCUCAUCUCUCUCUCCCCCGAGGUUGCCGGCCUUGUCUCUGGCCUCGGCCUCCCCUCUGUCGGUAUCCCCGUCGGCACCGUCGUUGCUACCCUUGGUUCCUCUCUCAAGCGCGAUGCUGCCCCCGGCGAGAUUGUCCAGAACCUUGUCCCCACCGUCGGCCAGAUCCUCACCGUCACCGGCCCCAACGCUAAGCAGCUCCUGAUCAAGCUCUCCCCCGAGGUUGCCGCUCUCGUUAACGGUCUCGGCCUGACCUCCAUUGGUGGCUCCGUUGGCUCCGUCAUCAAGACCGCCGGCAACGUCGGUGACCUCGUCUCUGACCUCUCCGGCCCCGUCAAGGGUCUCCUCACCGUCACCAGCGACAACGGCCAGGCCCUCCUCAUCCAGCUCUCUCCUGAGGUUGCUGCCCUUGUCUCUGGUCUUGGCCUCCCCACCGUCGGUGUCCCCGUUGGCACUGUCGUUGCCACCCUCGGCAAGAACCUGUAAAUGAUGGAAUAAGCUUCUGAUUUUUUUCUUUUCGUUGUUUGGAGCUCUUUCUGUUUCCAUUGAACCAGAAAACCUCCCUUUUUUACGCAGCUAUGCAAAGCACUUUGGCAGCCUUGUGAAUACCCCCGCGGAUUAUUCUUGUGCAUAUUUACCCAUUUUGGAAGGGAGAUUUUGUACGACUUCCUGAAGACAAAAGUAUUGUCUUCCCAUACUACUUACACAUUAUAUUUCUCUUUCAAGUCAAUGACAUUAUAUCAUUUUAAUGUUUCCAA